AUGCGUCGCGGUCUCUCUCAUGACUAUUUACACUUUUUGUCGAUUCCCUUUUUCUCUUCUUUUUCAUUCUUUCAUGCUGUCCUCGUGGUUUUUAUUCUACCAGCUGUUUCUUUAGUUCGUCACGUGAAUUCUUUUUUUCACCCCCAUUUCAUAUAUUACUUCAUCUGUUUAACUUUGGUUCACCUUUGUUUCAGAAAAGUCAACAAUUAAUGUCUCGGCAGCAUCAAUACAAAAACAACAACAAUAAUAAAAGUUAGUUUUAGCUUUCUUAAUAAAAAAUAAGACAACCAUUCCUUCAGAUCCUCCAUUACAAAAGACGUUUCGAAAGCCAUCAACUUAUCAAAUUACAAACACAGAAGAUUUAUCGGUGAGUCAAUGUAUAGUUUUGAAAUUGAAAAAUGUUGAUGGUUAUGAAAUAUAAACAAAUGCUAAAUAUAAAUUAUAAAUUAUAUGAAAUAUAGUUUUUACUUUCAGAUAAGCGAAGAUCGUCGAACGCAGAGGGUUGUUUUCUGCCAAAACAAUCCAAAUCAUAUUGUUUUGGCUUCAUAUUAUCAAACACAUCUUAGGGAAUGUGAUGAAUCAACUUGGAGACCCCAUCAAAAUAUUCCAAAACCUCCCCACUUUUAA